CGGGCUCCCCCCGAGGCGGCGGCGGCGGAGCGCGGGGCCCGGGCGCGGCCCCCACCCCCUUUCUUCCUCUGCUCGGGAGGCGACCAUGCGGCAGGUAAAUCCUCCCCGCGCCCGGAGCGGGGGCCCGGGACGUGGCGGCGGGGCUGCGGCUGCCUCGGCCGCUCGGGCGGAGAGAGAAAGGGGGGCGGCAGGGAGGGUCGGGGCGCGGCGGGCCCGAGGCGCACGGAGCUGCCCGGUGCCCGCGCUCGCAGCUCCCCCGGCAGCCUCCGUGCCGGGAGCGAGGGCGGCUUUGGGCGCGCCGCGGGCCUGCCCAGCUCGCCCGGCCGCUCCCGGUGCGGCCACGUGGAGGGAGCGGGGCAGGAGCCGGCCCGGCCCGUGUGCGGGGCCCGCGGGACUUGGCGGCAGUACCGGGACGGGGCAUGGCCAGCAGGGCAGGCGAUGAGGUCUUGCAGGGCUUGCGGUUGGGAUUUAGCGCUAACAGCUGCGGGAAGAUCGUUCGGGCUGUAACCUGCACGGAACCUUAAAUAAGGGUAGGAUCUUGUACCGUAACACCAAGGGAGCCUGUGAUAACCUCGAGCCUGAUACAGAACUGAGAAAUGCACACUGGAGGACCUGGUUAGUUUUCAGACGAGCGGAAGCAGUUGUCAUCUAGUUAACAAAAGUAAUUCCUGGCAUGUUCCAGUGGGAGAGAAAGGAAACAGAGAUGAAGGUACACAUGCACACAAAAUUUUGCAUCAUUUGUUUGCUGACAUUUAUUUUUCAUCAGUGCAAUCAUUGCCAUGGAGAUGGACACAACAAUGGUCCCAAAAAGGAUCGUGUACACGACCAUAAUGACUAUCAGAUCUCAAAUGAAUCAUACUUCCAGAAUGGAGGAACAGAAUCUAUGCCCAGUAAAUUUUCAACGUUGGAAGCAGAAAAUGAACAAAAAUACUACAUUGAAAAGAUUUUUGAUCGCUAUGGUGAAAAUGGAAGAUUAUCUUUUUUUGGCCUGGAAAAACUGUUAAUAAGCCUUGGUUUGGGAGAGGUAAAAGUAGUGAUGAUAAAUCAUGAUGAUAUUGGCCAUGAUCAUGUUUCUCACUUGUAUGCUUUGGAAGUACAGGAAGGAAAGCAUUUUCAUCCUCAUAACCAUGCUCACAGCCACUCAGAUUCAGAAAACCAGACCACGGUUGGUGUGUCUGCAAAGAGAAAUCAUAAAUGUGACACUGAGAGAGACACGGCGGUGCCCUCGGUGAAGGAGGACGGCAAACACGUUCACAACCAGAGCCGCCGCCACCACCACCACCACCACUCGCGCCCGCACCGGCACGAGCACAACGGCACGCGGCACUCGCGCAACGAUUCCGUCAGCCACGGCGACCCCGCGGAGCAGAGCCACGAGCCUGCCACCGAGACAAACACCACCCAGGAGCAGCCGGAACGGAAACAGCGCAAGCAGAAGAAGAAGCAGAAGAAGAUCAGCGAGACGUCGGGAGACGCCACGUGGGAUUACGCCCCGGAGCACGAUCCCGGCGAUCAGUACGAGCACAACCGCGUUCACAAACACGACCAUGUCCACGAUGCCUCUCACUUGCACGUGCACCACCACGAGCACAGCGGUGACCGCUCUGCCGGCCACGGCCACCAGGAUGGCAGCUUGGGCAGUGCCAGCGGGCACCGCCACACCAGCAAGCGAGAGGCCUCGCACAAGCAGAUCAGCGUGAGGAAACACGCGCUUCCUGCGGCACGCGGUCGCAAGGAUCACAGUGAAGAUGAGCACAAGCAUGAAGAGUGCUUGAAUGCUACCCAGCUGCUACGGUACUAUGGUCUGGAAGCCAGCUCUCUAAUAUCUCCUGAGCUCUUCGUGUACAUGUGUCCUGCUUUGCUCUACCAGAUUGAGAGAAGGCUUUGUAUUCUACAUUAUGAUGAGCUGGAAGAUUUUACAAGAAAUAAAAAUGCAUCAGUUGAGAAUAAAGAUAAAACAGGUGCAUCAGCCUGGUUUUGUGGUAUCAUCUCUAUCACCGUCAUUAGCCUGCUUUCCUUGCUAGGUGUGAUCUUGGUUCCCAUCAUUAACCAAUGGUGCUUCAAAUUUCUUCUAACUUUCUUGGUAGCUCUGGCUGUAGGAACAAUGAGUGGAGAUGCACUGCUCCAUCUCUUGCCACAUUCCCAUGGAGGCCACAACCACAGCCACCACCAUGGCCAAGGCCACGUGCACGAGCACAGGCACUCGCACCGGCACGGCCACGCGCACGCGGCGCACGCCGAGAGCUUCCUGCAGGAGAACGAUCCCGUGCUCAAAGGGCUCUUGGCACUUGGAGGCAUUUAUGUUCUCUUCAUCAUUGAGCACUGCAUAAGAAUGUACAAACAUUACAAUAAACAAAAGAGUAAGCAGAAAUGGUGCAAAAAACCCCAGACUGAAGAAUCACCAAUUGGAAGGAAACUUUCUGAUCACAAAUUAAAUAACAGACCAGAUGCUGACUGGCUUCAGCUGAAACCCCUUGCAGGAGCAGACGACUCAGUUUUGUCUGAAGAUCGCCUGAAUGAAACUGAACUGACUGACUUGGAUGGGCAGCUGGAGCCCCCUGCCAAAAACUACCUGUCUGCAGAAGAGGAGAACAACCUGCGGCACUCUCACAACGACGUCUCCCACGCCGCCCAAGAGCACGAGCUGCACGAUUCCGAGUAUGACAGCCAUGGCGAAGAUAAAAUGAUAGCUAGAAAACACAGUCACCACUGGCAUCACAAACAUUCCCAUCAUUCCCAUGGCCACUGUCAUUCUGGAAAAGACCUGAAAGAUACUGGGAUAGCUAAUAUUGCUUGGAUGGUAAUUAUGGGAGAUGGCAUUCACAACUUUAGUGAUGGCUUAGCAAUCGGAGCAGCUUUUAGUGCUGGACUGACAGGGGGAAUUAGUACAUCUAUAGCAGUAUUUUGUCACGAGCUUCCCCAUGAAUUAGGUGACUUUGCGGUGCUGCUGAAGGCAGGGAUGACAGUGAAGCAGGCCAUCGUGUACAACCUGCUGUCAGCCAUGAUGGCCUACAUCGGGAUGCUGAUCGGCACGGCCGUGGGGCAGUAUGCCAACAACAUCACCCUCUGGAUCUUCGCCGUCACCGCCGGCAUGUUCCUCUACGUGGCCCUGGUCGACAUGCUUCCAGAAAUGCUUCAUGGAGAUGGAGAUAAUGAAGAGCAUGGUUACUGUCCUGUGGGGCAGUUUAUUCUUCAGAAUCUAGGCCUGCUUCUUGGAUUUGCCAUCAUGCUGGUGAUUGCCCUCUAUGAAGACAAAAUAGUGCUUGACAUCCAGUUUUGACCUGAUGCUGAUGCUAAACAUGUAUUGUGUGCCACUUGCAGCAUAAACUACUGAAGAAUUGUGGCUGUGAAUUUGUGCAAACUCUUUUAACAAGAGAAUCCAUGUGGGAAUUUCUCCAUUUUUUAAAAUUAUUAUUUUGGACUGUUUUCUCCUCUUCAUGUUAAACCAAGGUGCAAGAUGCUAGUAGCUGCAGCUGGACACAAGGGUUAAAUUAUGCUCUGUGUAUGUUGUACUGGUAGGGUAUUUACGAUACUGUAACAGCGCGUCAAAUCCGUUCCUACAAUGCCUUGAUAUCAGACAUUGUGACACCAGCCAUUUCUGGCAGUAAAGAAUAUGUAAGAAGAUUUCUACUUCCAGUAUAAAGGAGUUCAUUUCUAUGAUAUUUUUUUACAAUUUUGGUAUUUAAAUUAGAUUAUUAAAAAGCAGAUGUGGUAGAACCAUGGUAUGUGUCAUUUAGAAGAAUAGACUGAAAAUUUGGGCCUUAACUUGCUGGGACCAGCUGUCCUAAAUCAGAUUGUGCUGACAGGCAUUUAUUGCCAGACAUGAGUUAGUUCUUCUUGUACCCAUCCCCUUAACAAAAAAUAAAUGGUGAGUUUGUGGGGAGUGCAAGUUGAUUCUGUAGUACCAGUCCUAAGCAUGGUAGUAGCUUUUUUUCCAAACACCCAGUUUGUCUCUCUCCUGUGUAUGCCAGGUAAAAGCUGUACUUUGACUGUGUGCCGUAAGUUUUAAAGUUCCGGUCUGCUUGGUGCCAGUGUAGCUGCUAAAAACACUACUCCUAACGCCUUUAAUGAGAGCCAGUGGGUCUCUGCAUUCCAUUUCAAGUUCCUGUGUUUCCUGUGGCCCUUUACUUCAGAAGCUUCAUUGGUCAGUUUAGCUUUUACUGAGAGCAGCUCAUGUGUUUUAAAGGUAUCAGUUGGUUGCCAGUAUUUGUUCCUAAUGCAGUAUCAGGAAACAGUAUUAAGGGUCCAUUUCAAAGAAGGGUGCAGUUUCUUCAGUGAAGAAGCCAAAAGCCCAGAGUUCAGGCACGCAGCCAUUUGAUGUUCUGAACUCAGGUUUUCUUUUUUCCUCUUUAAACCUAUUUAGUGUAGAACCCUAAUUAGCAAACACACUGUUGUUAGCUUCAGAUUGCUGAAUUUCUGGCAGUGUAAAACUCCUGGAUGACAUUUUUGCAUAGUGCCCAUGUUAAGUCAAUGAGACAAAACUUCCUGGAUACCUUCUGAAGAUCUGAGUUUAAACAAUCUCUGUUUCUUUUGUAUUAAACUGACUGACUUAAGAUUUUUUCUUUUCUGUUAAUUCUGAAAUAUAAGGGGGUCAUUAUGCAGCUGAUGUUUUGUCAAAUGAUUUUUUUAAGAUUUAUUUCUCUUAACUCUUUUCAAAUGAAGAUUUCUGUAUUUCCAGUAGUAUAUUUACUGUUGUAUUAGUUGGAAUGUGGUUAUAGCUCAAUACACUGCCUCUGUAGGAAAAUAGUUAACUUCCUUCCAAGACCAUCUUCAGACAAGGGAAAAACAUGGUCGUUGAAGGUAGGUACUGUAUUUUUCAUGGAAUAUAGAUUGUUUACUUUUAUUUUCUAGUAUUUAUUGCAAGUGUAACAGAGCAGUGUAACAGCUGUGACUUCUCUAUAUUUCCACCAGUAUUGAAUUCCAGAUGAUUCUAAUGUACACUUUUGAGUUACAGACAAUCUGAAUUCCACUACAUUUCUACUUGGCUUCAACAUUCCAUUUGGCUUGAAUCCAGAGUCUCAUUUAACUUGUAUUUGUUGGAGGGCAUAAAUGUUACUUGUAUAUUUUACAAUGCUGUCACUGUGUGACAUCCCAUGUGAAUUCUGAUGUAAAUCACAUUGCACUCAAUCCGCUGUGAUUAUGCUUAGAAAAUGUUGUAGUUGCUAGAUGCAGUGUGAUUAUUUUUUUAUUAUUUUUUUCUUUCCUCUCCCCAUUAACAACUGAGUCUAUGGUUUAAAAUGUGAUAAUGGUCCAAUAAGAUAACUUGCUGAGCUAUUGGUUUUUUUUGUUAUAACUAAAUCAUUUUUAAAAAAUUUUAUAAAGCUGGAAAUUAUCAAAUGCUGUUUUGUUCAUUGUCAACAGUGUUGUGUUCAUUUUAUGUAUGUUCCUUAUACAUAAGGAGCCUUCAGAAAAUAAAAAAAAAAU